AUGGCGCAGUACUUCUUCGAUCUUCUCUACAACUUCACAGAUUGCAUGUGCUGUUUCCCCAGCUCACCGCAACUGAAGAUCAAUAACCGAAGCUUCAAGCUUCUGCGACUGUUAGGAGAGGGCGGUUUCUCCUACGUAUACCUCGUCCAAGAUAAAGCUACAUCUGAAUUAUUCGCCCUCAAGAAAAUCCGCUGUCCUUUCGGUCAAGAAUCUGUGUCGCAAGCCUUGAAGGAAGUCGAAGCAUACAACCUAUUCAACUCGGAUAACAACAUCAUCCACGCCAUCGAUCACUCCGUAUCCACAGAAUCCGGCUCAAAAUUCCGAUCAGACGGCGGCGAUCCGGGCUCCAAAACCGUCUACAUUCUCCUCCCAUACUACCAACGAGGCAACCUCCAAGAUGCCAUCAACGCCAAUCUGGUUAACCAUACCCGCUUCCCGGAGAAGCGAUUGAUGGUUCUGAUGCUAGGAGUCGCCAACGCAAUGCGAUCGAUGCACCAGUAUCGCGUUCAGAGUGGCGCGACAUCCACGCGCAAAGCGAAGGCUGUCCGGAAAGAAGGCGAGGAGGCAGAUGCGGAGAGAACAAUGCAGAUGAAGCCGCAGCGACGCGCAAGUCAUCGCGUGCAGCAAGAGCAAGAAGAUGAGGAGAAUGAGCCGCUCAUUGAUGAUGAGGUGACGAUCAGUCAGGAAGGUGUCCAGGACGGCGACUUGCGCCCGUAUGCGCAUCGCGAUAUUAAGCCUGGUAACAUUAUGAUCGACGAUGAUGGCCAAUCACCUAUCCUGAUGGAUCUUGGUUCCCUGGCACCCAGUCCGAUUGCUAUAACAUCCCGAUCCUUGGCCUUAGCGGUGCAAGAUACUGCCGCCGAGCAUAGCACCAUGCCAUACCGCGCGCCGGAGCUAUUUGACGUCAAGACCGGCUCGAUCAUUGACACAAAAGUCGAUAUCUGGUCUUUGGGCUGCACUCUAUAUGCCUGCCUGGUCGGCAAGAGUCCUUUCGAGGCUCGCAGUGAGGAAACUGGUGGUAGUCUGAGUAUGUGUGUUCUUGGUGGCGACUGGCGAUUCCCGGAUGAAAAGUCCAAUGCCACCAAGGGCAAGGCAAAGGCUGGAGGUGACAAUGAUGAUGCAUCCAAGAGCAGUGGAAGCAGCACAAUUAGCGCUCCUGUUAAGGACAUCGUUCGCAAGUGUCUUGAAGUGGAAGCCUCGGAACGUCCCGACAUUGAUGAGUUGAUUGAUCUGAUUAAGAAUGUCAUCAGUGAACUACCGGAUGACGAUGGGGCGAGUGCAUCCCAUUAA